GGUUCAGUUAGCCAAGGUGGAGGAUGGGAACAGAAUGGAGCUGUCCCAGCUACUCAAUGAGAUCAGGGCAAACUAUGAAAAGCUCCUCACCAGAAAUCAGAUAGAGACCGUGCUCUCAACAAGGAUCCAGGUAAUGAUUUCAUACAGACAGACACCUUCCAGGAUAAGGAGACAAUCCAUGUCUACCCAAUUCCUGUCCCGGCCUCUCUGAGCUAGAAGAAGAUUUAAGCAAAAAAAUGGACAAAGAUGAAGAGGCUUUAAAGGCAGCACAAGCAGAACUCAAGGAAGCCCGACGCCAGUGGCACCAUCUGCAAGUGGAAAUUGAAUCUCUCCAUGCUGUGGAAAGGGGCCUUGAAAACUCUCUGCAAGCCAGUGAGCAACAUUACCAGAUGCAACUGCAAGACCUGGAGGCUGUGAUUGAAGGACUAGAAAAAGAGCUACAGGAAGUCAGGCGCGGCAUCGAAAAGCAGCUUCAAGAGCAUGAGAUGCUUCUCAACACGAAGAUGAGGCUAGAACAAGAGAUAGCAACUUACCGCCGCCUCCUAGAAAAGGAAGAAAUCAGAUAUUAUGGUUGUAUCCAAGGAGGGAAAAAAGAACAAAAACCUACAAGUAGAGUUGGUUUUCUUUUACCUUCAGCCAUUAUAAAUGAAAUAUCUUUUUCAACAAAAGUCCCACAAAAGUGUGAGAAUGAAAAAGUGGAAACAGCGACCAAACAGGCAAUAUUAAAUGGGAAUAUCGUGAAGGAGAGCACAGAAGCUCAUGGCACUAUUCAGACAGAGAAAGUGGAUGAAGUUAUUAAAGAAUGGGAAGGUUCCUUCUUUAAAGAUAACCCUCGAUUAAGGAAAAAAUCUGUUUCUCUUCGGUUUGAUCUUCAUUUAGCAGCCACUGAUGAAGGGUGUUUACAGACUAAACAGGAUAAUCUACCAGAUAUAGAAGUCAGGCUUAUCAUGAGGAGAUCAUGCAGUAUUCCCUCUAUCAAAUCUCCAUCAGCAGCUAAUUAGUCCAAAGACAGUGUUGACUUGAUUUGAAAUGACAGUAGGAUGGACCAGGGUGGGCCAUGCUGACCGCCUUCUGUCCCAAACGGAAGUUAAAUACGUAUGGUAAGUUAAGUGUGUAUGUUAUGAUCAAUGUGUGACUCUCUUCAGGGGAAAAAAAAUGGCAAGGGACAAAAUUUCUCUGAAUCUAACUGUGGAUGUAUUUUUUGGAAAGGGGAAGCUUAAAAAUAAAAUCAGAAGUUCAGUGGAGUUUCUAUUUUAUUUAUUCUCAAAGUAGUCGUUUUUGUUCCCUUGAAAUUUUAUCAGAGACUAUAAUUGUUAGUGGUUUAGUUAAGUCUUUGAAAUUUUACUCAAUGGCUGAAUACUCUAAGGAAAAGGAAAUAAUUUAUCUAAAUAUUAUUUUAUUACAUUAAGAAUCACACUGAGUUAUUGUCACACUAUUGUAUGACUGGUUAAAUCUAAAAAGAUUUUUUAAAAUUGAAAAACAAUUAUAAACAAACUUUUAAAGGGGACUCCCUAUCCACUUAACCAAAAUUUUUCCUUUUGAGACAAUCCUUUGCAUAUUUAGAAAAAUAAAUUACUUUCUAUAAGCAGUUUUGAGCAAACUAUAGAAAAUAGCCCAGUGCUAAUUUGAUUAAAUAAAAUUAAUCUUCAUCUAAAGUAUUAUUUUGUAUUUUGUAUUCAUUAUCUGAUUUCCAGAAGACUUUAUUGUCUUCUCUCUCUCACACACAUACACACACACACACACACGAGGCCAGCUGUAUAAAAUAUGAAAAGCUGAUUACUACAGUUUCUAGAACAUUAUCCAACCUCUCACCAUCCCUGCUCUUCCAUCUGUAAAGUUAUGUGAUUAACUAGAGUAUUUGAUAUGAGCAUUAGGUAAAAUACUAUAGAAAGUCUUAUAAAUAUUUCCUGAAAUCAU